GAGCGCGCGCGCUCGCAGACGCAGCGGUACUAAACAGUUGCCGGCGCAGCGGGCUGUUGGUGAUCUUCGUUCUCAGGCUCUCGUCUUCAUUUUGUGACGCCAAAGCCGGCUACACUUUACUCCUUAUUCCUGUCUGUAGCCGCGUUGUUGCAACUCCGCCACCAUGUUCGAGGCGCGUCUGGUCCAGGGCUCCAUCCUGAAGAAGGUGCUGGAGGCACUUAAGGACCUCAUCAACGAGGCCUGCUGGGACAUCAGCUCGAGCGGCGUGAACCUGCAGAGCAUGGACUCGUCCCACGUCUCCCUGGUGCAGCUCACCUUGCGGUCCGAGGGCUUCGACACGUACCGCUGCGACCGCAACUUGGCCAUGGGAGUGAACCUCACCAGCAUGUCCAAAAUACUGAAAUGUGCUGGCAAUGAAGACAUCAUUACACUAAGGGCUGAAGAUAAUGCAGACACCUUGGCAUUAGUAUUUGAAGCUCCAAAUCAAGAAAAGGUUUCAGAUUAUGAAAUGAAAUUAAUGGAUUUAGAUGUUGAACAACUUGGAAUUCCAGAACAGGAGUAUAGCUGUGUAGUAAAGAUGCCUUCUGGUGAAUUUGCACGUAUAUGCCGAGAUCUCAGUCAUAUUGGAGAUGCUGUUGUAAUUUCCUGUGCAAAAGAUGGAGUUAAAUUUUCUGCAAGUGGAGAACUUGGAAAUGGAAAUAUUAAGUUGUCACAAACAAGUAAUGUCGAUAAAGAGGAGGAAGCUGUUACCAUAGAGAUGAAUGAACCAGUUCAGUUAACUUUUGCACUGAGGUACCUGAACUUCUUUACAAAAGCCACACCACUCUCUCCUACAGUAACACUCAGUAUGUCUGCAGAUGUACCCCUUGUUGUAGAGUAUAAAAUUGCUGAUAUGGGACAUUUAAAGUACUACUUGGCUCCCAAGAUUGAAGAUGAAGAUGGAUCUUAGGCAUUCUUAAAAUCCAAGGAAAUAGAAUUAAGCUCUUUGAGAACUGCUUCUGAGGUGCCAGCAUGUACUUAAGUCUCUUCUGUCAUCAAAUUUGUACCUCUGAGUACAUAUGUAGAUACUGUUUUCUGUAAAUAACGUAUUUUUUUUCUCUGUUCUUUUGUUUAAAGACUAAAGUCCCAAGUCAAAUCUGGUCUUGUUAACCUAGAAGUACUUUUGCCUUAACUAGAAAUACUUAAGAUUUUUAUAACAAAAAGGUUUUGACUCUAAAUGCAGUUUUAAGAAUUUAAAUAAAAGUUAUUUGAAUUUCAAACAUCACAGGACAGUGCCUUUAUUUGGACCAUGACUAUUGUUGCAAGAAUCUUAGGAAAGACACAGUUCAAGCUACCCUCUUUUGUAAAUGUGCUUAUUUUUCUAGUUUAGAACAUCCCACUUAAAUAUAUUAGAUACAACAAUGGAAAGUUUUCCACAUACAGUAGGUGAUAAGAUAGUUUUUGGGAUUUAUUUGCAAACAUUUUGCUUUUAUCACUUGAGCCCAAGAAAUGGACAGGGGAGACAAGAACAAAUCCUACACAGUUCACUUUUGUCAUUCUUGUUAGCAAAAGACUCACAUUUUUUUCAGAAGCUUAAUGGACCCAAAUUUCUGUGGGUUCUAUAAGACUAGCACUGUUAAAGGGCAGUGUUUCUGUAGCCUAGGGAGCCUUUUACAAGAAUCUUGGAAGUUUUAGAUCUGUGAUAGGGCCCAAUGAGUAUGUUGGGACAAAAAUAAUUUCUCUGGUCUAAGCCUUUUUUGGGACUCUCUCAAAAGAUGAAGAUGGCUUAAAUCCAUGGAUGUUGGCUUCAACCAAGAAUGUAAAGACAAGAGUGUUUAAAGGUUUCUAGUAAUUACGCUACAGGGUUAUUGAGAAUUGGUUUAGUCCUUUUUCCUAGUGUAUUUUGUGCUUGGAUUAAAUGACUGGUGUCUUUGUUGUAGUACCUGGACUGAGUUAUAAUUGGACAUUUUAACUCACUAUAUCCAGUGGGGUAACUUAAUUACCUUCUGUGUGCCUGGGGGUGGGGAAGGAGAUUGAUUGCAAAAGGGCCCGGUGAAACUUUCUGGGGUGAACAUGCUUUAUCUAGACUGGUGAUGGUUCCAAGAAUGUACACAUUUGUCAAAACUCAUCCAAUUGUAUUUUAUUGUUAAGUUAUACCUUAAUAAACCUGACGUGUUAAAGAG